AUGAACUCCACAAUUCAGCUCAAUAUUACUCUACCCCCGGCCGCCGGAGGCAUUCCUCAGGAGGCUGCCGGGAAUUACUCUCAAGGCAUCCAACUUCAUCUCUCUAUCACUCUUCCGACGACUGCAAGCUCUGUGCCUCUUGUCCAAACGACAUUGGCCACCCCAACGUCGAGAUCAUAUGUCGAAAACAGCCUUACGGAGCGAGAGGCCGACUUACGCAAAGCUCUGAACCAACGCCGCUUGAAACCGAUUACCAAUGGUGCGGUAGCUUCUGUAGAGGGGCUUUCGGUGACGGCACCAUUUCAUUCGUCGUCACUGCAGACCAGGGCGGGUAGCGAAGGGACAUCCUCUGAUGGUACUCUUUGCUCGAAUGGACCUCGCUCGGGUGAGACGCAGUCUCGCCGGAAUGUGGUACUCGUAGUGGAGCAAGGCGAUUUACACACAGAUUCAAGCAAUACCCAACAAGGUCUCAACAGCCUUGUACACCUCCCGGGUCGCCACAUCGAUCGAGAUCUGCUUCACUCCAGUCAGAACACCGCAGCCCUCGAGCAUGGCGUGGUCGGUCACGAGAGUCCAAGGCCAUUGGCAAUCACCGAGACGUCUCUCCUGACUCUCUUCAAUCGAGGAGAUCUUCCAGUUCUCGAUCCAGGAGUGUCUCUUACGAGCCCCGUGAAUCGCGUUUGCCUCCCAGGCGACCGAGGGACGACUCCCAGUGCUCCCUUCGAUCUCACAGCACAAGUCUCGAAGUUUCCUAUCAAGAGGGUAAAGAAAGCUGUGCUCAAGAGUCGCCUUUACCUCUGGCACUCCGGGUCAGUGCUCCCGGGCAAGAUGUCCUUGCUCGAACCACCCGUGAUCGAAUUUGUCCCCUUCUAUCAUAAGAACCAGGAAGAUCGUCACAUGAAUCACGCACCUCACCCAGGCUAUACAGAGGAAGAAUUUAAUGAGGCCGUCAAGAUCUAUGCCCGCGGAGACAAAUUGCCUCCAUCGUUGAUCAAAGGAAAUGUCGAGAUCAAUUGGAGGAAUCAGAAUCGGAGCUCCCCUCCAUCCCCCACUCAUGUUAAUCCACCACCUACGAAGCGGCGCUUCGAACGUCCCCCAGCGCGUGCUCCAGCCACUUCGACGGACAACUAUGAGCCGCCAACGAAGCGCCCUCGUUUAGAGCAACAAUCCUUCGAUCGCCGAGACCAAGGCAUGCCUCAAUACGAUACCACCCCUCGUGAUCUCUACGUAUACGGAGACAGUUAUGCCGAUCCUCCAGAGUACUCUCCGAGGUCUUCUCCGCUUCGACAUCGACUUUCAUCUCCAAAUGAUUCUCGCACACAGCACCGACCGGAUUACUUUAUGAACGCGCCUCCACGGGGCGUAUAUGAACGACCUCGGGACGUGCGCACUCAUUGGCAGUGA